AUGGAGAGUACGAUUGCGGCCCUUACGAAGUAUCAGGUGAAGAAUUUCUUUUCAGCAAGCAAUCGUCCCACGCAAGACCAAUGCGACCGGUACGCUGCAAAGGCGACGGGCGAGCAGCCCAUGGCCACGCCUGUCCAGGGCGGCAGCAGCUACACUGUCGUCGGAGCAGAAUUCGUCGUACAGUUCCGGGCCGAGAAUGCCCCCCUCGACCUGGAGUUCCUCCGUCAUGUCGAGAGGGCCUACGCGGGCUUCGUGCCCUGGCACACAGACUCGGGCAAACUGGGGAACCUCCACGUCUACAUGAUGCGAAACGUGGGAGGCGUCUCCAUGUACCUGGCCCGGGACAGUCUAUACGCUAACAAUUGCUACCUCUUACGCCAAACACUGCUUGACUUCGCUCGUUUCUUCGCCUCGGCAUGGCAUAACACACCUAUGGCGAUGCCAGUGCCAGACCGCAAAUGGCUGUACUCAGAGUAUUUGUCCGACCUGAAGCAGCUCUCGACGGGACUGCCGAAGCGCUUCUGUCCGGUGCUCAACGGGCUCAUCGAACGCCUCCCGUACCUCUUAGCCCUCGACUGGCCUCUUGUGGCCAACCACAUCGACCUGCUAGAGAACAACAUCCACGCGGACACCCAGACGGGCACCUUGGCGGGCGUUGUCGACUGGGCGGGCGCACAAGUCGGCUCGUUUGGCAUAUCGCUCGGCGGCGUCGAGAACAUCCUGGGGAUCGCCAAGACAGACUUCUCCCACGAGUACCACGCCAACCACCACGAGCUCCGAGAACUGUUCUACAAGGAGCUGUACCUAGUCAUUUGGGGAGGUCCCGCGUCUGCCGAGAACAGGCAGCGCCUCGAAGACGCCAGACUGAUCGGCCUCUGUUUCCUGAAUGGCUGGCGGUACGAGGGCGGGACGCGGGCCCCUGCCCGGGAGGGGGAUGCGAGCUUGUGCCAUCUUCACUGUGUUCUCGAGGCCACCUGUGACGGGUACUGA